CCUAGCACGAGAGAACUCCGCAGCUAGAAGGACUGAAUAAAAUGGGUUGAAAACUGUCUCCAGUGAUAUAGAAUACCAAUGCUCACUUGGGAAUCAGGCCCUAUGUCCAAAAUUCCGAACUACCCCUUUAAGAUACCUGGUUAGCACAACAUUGAAAAAACAUAUUUUUUGAUUAACAAAUAUAUGCACAUUCCAUUUCAUCCCAAAUUGUUACAAUCUCAAAUAUAUGAUCAAGUCUCCAUGCCUAAAAUUUAAGUAAUAUGACAUUCAGUUCCCAAAGACAUUCAGUGACAUUCUGUUCCCAUUUGUUUAAGUAUAUUUGCAAUAUCUAGUCCAAAUUGUCAAGAGGUUAGAAGGGAGGUGAUAAUGUCGAUCCAUCAUAUCCUAUGACUACACAUAUAAACAUCUUUGUUCACGGACCCUGAAGAAUCAGUUAAUGCAUGUUUAAUAUUUAAUUGGGAGUUUGUUAUUUAUGAGUCUUUUUUAUAUUUGCAUUCAGAACUUGAGACCAAUUGGAAGUAUUUGUUAUUGUAUUCAAAGAUUUAGAUUUAACGAAAAUGAGUUACUUAAAAAAUUACUUGAAUUAUACAUUUAAACCAAAGUAAUUUGAAUACUGAAAACAAAUGAUGACAUUAUCAAAUUUGCUCUAUUGUUUAUUUCUUAGUAUUUUUUUUAACAGACUAAAUAUGAUUGUGGUGCUAAAUUGUGUCUGGAAAUCAGAGGGCAUCACUGCAAGUGAAUUUGAAACCAGAUGUUUCAAACAUUACUUUGCUCCCGAAUGUGAAUAAUAUUUAUUUAGAAGCAGAUUUAGGCAGUUGAUUUAGAAAAAUACAACAAUCAAAAGUCUAGAUCUUUGGAUUCUGUGUCACUUGAAGGGCAUAUAAUUCACUCUAUCCUCUCUGAAGACAAUCUCAGCUUGACUUCUUAUAAUCAGAUGGUUGUAUUGGUUCCUGUUUUGUUGCUUUUGAGCCGUUUCUUCUUUUAUGGUAUACAUUGCAUUUCUAGUUAAUUUGUUUUUUUUAUGCAAAAGAUUGACUAUUGUAUCCUGUUGUUAUUAUUAUGACUGUUAUUUGGUAUUGUCUGUUUGUUUCUGCACUGAUAUCUUAAUAAAGCAUACUGCUCUUUCCAUCUGAUCAGCCGUUUUUGAUGUUGUUAUAAAAAAAAGUAUAAAUUAUACAUUUGUUUUAAUCUCCAACCAGAUUACCGCCACAUCUUGCAGAGAGCGGUUGGUUAUGAGCUCUCCAGACCCCGGAUCAAGUCAGCCGAGGUGCCAAAUGUUACAACCCCUUGUCCCCUGACUGGGUUCCAUCCAUCUUCUCACACAUUCCAGCCACCAAGAAGAGGAAAGGGAGAAAGACAUGGAAAGGUAUGAGCAGCACAGCAGAAUGAAGAACAAGAGGGUGGAGGAGAAAAAGAAGAAAGAUGCAGUGGAUGUCCUCCUUGACCUAUCAUCAGUACCAGAUGCUGGAAUGCGCCACUUUCUGUGGAUGAACAACAGUGUGACAACAAGCCAUGCAAGGAAAAGAUUGCAAGAUUACAAAGCGAGUGUAAUGAGUGUAAACCGUAAGCUGAAAGACAUUAUUAAAUCAGGAACAUUGAUGAACUGGCUUUUGAAAAAGAUGAUGAAAAAGUGAAGGCAAUGACUGGAAUCCCCACAUAUUCAAAGUUACAAGUAGUUUCAACAUUUGUGUUAUCAUUUCUGCAGACUGGUACAAACCUCUCUCCCUUCCAACAACUUCUGUUAACUUUUAUGAGGCUGAAAAUGAACCUUCCCCUGUCAUUGCCUGGUUGUAUGUUUAAGAUCUCAAUUCCAACUGCCAGAAGAACAUUUAGAAGCACCAUUGAAGUGCUGAAUGCCAGGCUUGCUCCAGCACUUUUGUUUUGGCCAAAUCGAGUGGAGCUUCAGUUGUCAAUGCCUAUGAUAUUUAGACAGGUUUUUCAUAAAUGUGUUUGUAUUAUUGACUGCUUUGAAACUUUUAUUGAAAGGCCUAGAGACCUAAGAAGAGCACGAGCACAGACAUACUCAAAAUACAAACAUCACCAUACCAUGAAAUAUCUAAUUGGCAUUACACCACAAGGAACAGUUUCUUUUAUAUCAAAAGGAUGGGGUGGGAGAACAUCAGACAAACACUUGACUGAAAGAGUGAAGUGGAUUUUUGGAUCACCUCAACCCAGGUGAUGUCAUACUAGCUGAUAGAGGGUUUGAUGUGGCAGAUUCAGUUGGUCUGUUCAAUGCUGAGCUUAAGAUCCCAGCUUUCACUAGAGGCAAAAAGCAGUUGGGUCCAGUGGAAUUAUAGUCCACACGAGGACUUGCAUCAGUUAGGAUACAUGUGGAAAGAGUUAUCGAUGAGGCAAGGAAUCGGUACACCAUACUUCAAAGUACAAUUGGGAUUCAAAUGUGUGAAGCUGAGCAUCCUGAAGGUCUUACACCUCUAGAUAAAAUAGUCUGUGUGUGCUGUGCACUGACAAACUUGGCUCCUUCAAUUAUUCCUUUGGGUUGAAAAUGAGAAAAAUCUGUUAAUAACAGUGAAGUCACUGUUAUUUCCAUCAAUGAAAUAAGGACAGUGACAAAAAUGCAUUUGGCCCUUGUUUGGUUGACAUUUAGUAGCAGCGAUCACGCUCAGGCUAAUUAGUUUCUGUUUUUCAAUUGACUGGCGAGGGAAGUGCUCUCGCUCCCGCUCCCAGUUACGCUGCCGGUGGCUGCCUCCAUAAUGGCCCACCUAUGUGUCACCUGUGCGGCUCCUCUUGAGCCUGAGGACGGCCACGACAGUUGCCCUCCUUGCCUCGGUCUCGAGCAUUUGAGGGAGAGCCUAACGGACAGCGCCUGCAUGAACUGCAGCCUCCUGCCUUGGGUGCUCAGGGUGGCUAGGCUGGCAGAGCUGGAGAAUCGGGCAACAGCCAACGUCCCCAAUGAGCCUCCCUCCCAAUCAGCCCGGUCGUUCGGGGUGGCAGCGGCAUGAUGGGGCUGCGACUACGGGUGCCCCCCCCAAAAAGAAGGCAAGGGGCGGGCUGGCUGCCAAGGUUGACGGAUUGGCGGCCGACAUGGAGCAAAUGCGGUCCCUCCUCCUGGCCCUUCAGCCUGGGACUGGUCAGGGGCUGGCGGGGCUACAGCCUGGCCCUCCCUCGUCACAAUUCCACGAUGCCCUCUCUCUGGCGGCUUCGGCUAACCUCUUUAAUGAGGUUAUGACUGAGGGCGAUGCCUCCCACACACUAGACGAGGCCUCCUGCUCUUCUGCACAAGGCUCCCUGCAAGGGGCAGCAGACACCUCCAUGGCGGCCGUCCUGCGGACCGCUCUGGCUCACCUACAGCUCGAUGCGGCGCAGACGGAGUCAGCCCAGGCCAGCGCCUUCUUCAGGCUUAACCCUGUCCCGGCCACAUUCUCCGUCCCUCCUUCAGAGGAGUACCUGAAGGAGCUCCAUGCUUGCUGGAGGGACACUAGGGCCCUAUCCCACUCAACGUCGGAUGCCCGGACCUUGGCUGCCAUGCAGAAUGCGGCACAGGUUGGGCUGGGCCGCAUGCCACCAGUCGAGCCUGCCAUCGCCUCCCUAAUUCUGGCCCCUGAUGAGGCUCUGAGGCUAAAUGCCAGGUGUCCUCGGCCACAGUGCAGGGUCACAGACGACCUCCUGUCAAAAGCCUACGACGCAGCGGCGCGCAUGGGUCGUAUUGGGAACUCCCUUUCCCAACUGUUGCUGGGUCUUUCCACCUCUCUGCAGCAGGCCCAGGUCUGGUCUAGAGCUAAGGCCAUUGCCGGGUCGUUGACUGAUCUGUGCACCGUCCCAGUCUCAGGCGGCCCGGGACACGGCUCUUGCACGUGGCCCGGCAUGGCCUGA